GUUAUAAUGAUCCACAAAUCACGUAACAUUAAAUAUUGUCAUAAAUUCAAUUUCUCAAUCUUAAUUUCAGAAAUGAAACCAAUUGGUAUAGCAUAAACAACAAAGCCGUACAUAGCAGGUUUGUGUUAACUUCAGAAAACCGCCAUAUACCUUUAAACAACAAUUUAAUUAAUUGUUAAAUGAACGAAGUGCAGAUACACUCAACACUUGUACAUCGUACGUGUAUUGUGCGUGUAAUCUUAUAAAUGAUACCACAAUAAUAAAUUUUAGUAUAAUCAAUCAAAAUGCCGUCAUUAUGCGGUAAACAACUUGUAUAUCUACUGGCUACUCUGUUGUGUUCAGCAGUCAUGAUUCGACAUUAUUAACGCAUCACACAAUUAAAAUCUUAUCGAAAGACGCAAGCGCUGUAACAUUGAAAUUAUAGUUUAUCAACUAAGUGUUUUCCACGGUGGUAGUGUCAUAUUGUAUAGAAACAAAAAUUGCGAAUGGAGAUUAUUAAUAAGAAUAAAUCAACAUUAGUCCUCAAUUUUACCAGGAAUAUAAUCGAAAGCGCCGCGUUUAGCUACAGCGCUGUCGAAAUUGGACUCUGAUCUUGAUUGGACGCAAAUCAUCAGAGAUCUUUGCACAAGAAUCCAGUAAGAAUGGCUGCUGUUUUGAGAAGAUUCAAAGUCGCACAGAUCACAGUGAUCGGCAAUACUAGAAUACCGUCAUUUAUUAUCAGCCGAUCUUUUGCAAGGUCAUCGAUCCAACAGGAUAUCAACGAAGGAUGGAUAAACAAGCUAUUUGUAAGAAAAAUCGAGCCAACCAAAGAGUCACAUUCACGGAUGCUGUCAGACAAAGGAGUUAUUUACGCUUUACAUACGCACAAUAUCCGACCUGAUUGUAUUGACAAAUAUUUUGCCAAUUAUGAAGAGAUUGUUAACAUUAUAUACUCCAAGAAGUCUGAAUUGAAAUUGGAACUAGUUGGUUCAUGGAAUGUUGUAGCCGGUGACAUCGAUCAAGCAUUACACUUGUGGCGAUACUCUGGUGGUUAUGAUAGUGUGGAUCGCACCCAGAUUGCAUUAUCUAAUAACGAGGCAUACCAGCAGUUAUUUAAAGAGAAUGGAAAAUAUUUGCGAUCACGUUACCUGCAAUAUUUAUUGGCAUUUAGUUACUGGCCUCCUGUAACAACAAGAAAUGGUUCACAUAUAUAUGAAAUACGUAGUUAUAGGUUAAAACCUGGUACUAUGAUAGAAUGGGGUAAUAACUGGGCCAAGGCCAUUAAUUACAGACGUAACAAUAAUGAACCUUUUGCUGGUUUUUUUUCACAAAUUGGCAGAUUAUAUAAUGUUCAUCACAUUUGGUGCUAUAAAAAUCUCCAAGCACGAAUGGAAACACGUGAAAGUGCAUGGAGAUCUCCAGGAUGGGACGAAUGCGUUGCAUAUACUGUGCCAUUAAUAAGGGAAAUGCAUUCUCGUAUAUUAAGUCCGACUAGCUUCUCACCAACAAAAUAAAAUCUUACUUUCAUGAAUUUAAAUGCAUUUGUAUAUUACAACAUAUUCUUUAUGUUUAUAUUAUAACAUUGUAAAAACAUUUGUUAUAAUUUAUAUUGCAUUUAUAACUGUGUAAACUAAGCGCUCAAUAUAAAAACAAAUUGUA